AUGUCUGGCAAGGACAUGAUGAGAAGUUCAGAUCAAACUCCAGGAAGCCUUGGAACAAACAAACAAACACAAACCACAAUGUCUAAACCCGAGCCCAUCGCCAUUAUCGGUACGGCCUGCCGCUUUGCUGGCCCGGCCACUUCACCUUCUAAGCUCUGGGACCUACUCAAGUCACCACAGAACAAUGACUUGCGGCGUCCUGUUGACGACCGCUUCAGCACCAAAGGCUUCCAUCAUCGUGAUGGCACUUAUCAUGGACACACCAACGCCACACAAGCGUAUCUCCUUGAUUCGGAUCCGGCUUACUUCGACGCCGAUUUCUUCAGUGUCAAGCCCGUCGAGGCCCGGGCUCUUGACCCACAGCAGCGGCUGCUCCUUGAAGUAGUCUAUGAGUCGCUCGAGGCAGCCGGUCUGCCGAUGCGGGACCUCCGUGGCAGUGACACCGGCGUUUUCGUCGGAGCUAUGGUGGACGACUAUGCCGCCAUGCUGUUGAGAGACCUUGAUGACACACCUACCUAUGCUGCCACCGGUACUGCUCGUAGUAUCCUGGCCAACCGUAUUUCAUACGCCUUCGACUGGCACGGCCCGUCCGUCUCACUUGACACGGCCUGCUCGUCCAGUCUGGUAGCCGUCCAUAUGGCUGUGCAGACACUGCGAGCUGGAGACAGCCGUGUGGCCCUCGCGUGUGGUAGCAAUAUCAUCCUUGGACCCGAGAACUUCGUUACUGAGAGUAAAUUGUCUAUGCUUUCCCCUGACGGCCAGAGCCGUAUGUGGGAUGCUGCCGCCAACGGCUAUGCUCGCGGUGAUGGUGUAGCUGCCGUGGUGCUCAAGACGCUGAGCGCUGCCCUCGCCGAUGGCGACCAUAUCGAAUGUAUUAUUCGUGAGACUGGCCUGAACCAGGACGGUGCUACCCCUGGUAUCACCAUGCCCAGCUCGUCCGCCCAGGAGGCUCUGAUUCGACAGACUUAUGCCAAGGCUGGCCUUGACAUUGCAAACAACCCAGAAGAUCGCUGCCAGUACUUUGAAGCCCACGGAACUGGCACACCAGCCGGUGACCCCGUCGAGGCCAAGGCCAUUCACGAUGUCUUCAGCUCUCUCCAGACGCCGGAAACUCCCCUAUAUACCGGUUCAAUAAAGACUGUUUUGGGCCACACUGAGGGUACUGCCGGAUUGGCGGCUGUCAUUAAGGCAUCUCUCGCAAUCCAGCACGGCAGCAUCCCACCCAACCUUUUGUUUAACAAACUCAGCGACCGAGUUGCCCCCUUUUACAAGAACCUUGAGAUCGCGACCGUCGCCAAGCCGUGGCCCAAGUGCUCCGUGAGGCGAGCUAGCUGCAACAGCUUCGGAUUUGGUGGUGCCAAUGCACACGCCAUCUUGGAGUCUUACCAAGAGGAAGCAGACUCAGCAGCAUCAGUAGAGGGUACACAAUCUCUCUUCACCCCCUUCGUUUUCUCAGCAUCGUCUGAGGCUUCUCUCCGAGCAAACCUCGAUCAAUAUCGCGAGUUCCUUGCCACCGAAAACGCCAAAGCCCUCAACAUUGGUGAUCUCGCCUGGACACUGCGUCAGCGUCGGUCUACCCUCACCUGGCGAGCUUCAGUCACGAUCCCAUCCCCGCCAACCGUCGAGGCGCUGCUCAGCGCACUUGAGGAUGCUCCAACUGUAGUCAAGGCUCUUCCUGUAGCGGCGAACAAAGUCCUGGGAGUCUUCACUGGUCAGGGUGCUCAGUGGCCGCGUAUGGGCGCUGGACUUAUCCAACAGUCCAAGGCGGCGCGCGAUUUCAUUCAGGAGCUCGACCAGCAUCUCUCCACUCUCGGUAGCGAUGCUCCAGAUUGGUCUCUCGAGAAAGAGCUGCUUUCCGAGGCUUCUUCCUCUCGUGUUCACGAGGCUGCGUUCUCACAGCCUCUCUGCACGGCAGUCCAGCUGCUGGUCGUCCAUCUGCUGCGCAAUACCGGCGUCCGCUUCUCUGCCGUUGUAGGUCACAGUUCAGGAGAAAUCGCCGCCGCCCACGCCGCGGGUUUCCUCUCCGCCCGUGAUGCUAUCUGCAUCGCAUACUACCGUGGUCUUCACCUUGCCCGACUCAAUGAAGUUCAAAGCGCUUCUAAGCAACAGGGUGCCAUGCUGGCAGUCGGCACAUCUCCUGAAGACGCUGCCGAGCUGGUCUCCGAUGACAUGUUCAAGGGCCGUAUCAUCGUGGCUGCCGUCAACUCGGCCACCAGUGUUACUAUUUCGGGUGACUUGGAGGCCAUCAAGGAGCUGGAGGUUAUUCUGCAAGACGAGGGCACCUUCAACCGCCGCCUCAAGGUGGACAAGGCAUACCACUCACACCACAUGCUCCCGUUGUUUGAGCCGUAUGUGGCCUCACUCCAGAAAUGCGGUAUCUCGCCUCUUGCUGGCGAGUCGGACUGCACUUGGUUCUCCAGCGUCCACAGCAAGCCUGUGGCCGUCAACGGCGCCGCCGCUGUGAACCUCAGUGACAAGUACUGGGCCGAGAACCUCGUCCAGCCCGUCCAGUUCUUGCAAGCCCUCACUCUCGCUUCGGAAGCCAAGCUGUGCGAUGUCCUCGUCGAAGUCGGCCCUCACGCUGCCCUCAAAGGUCCCACCACUCACACCAUUGGAAAUGCGCCCCAUCAUGGAUCUCUCGCGCGUGGAUCCGGCGAUGUCGAGUCUUUGUCCUCCCUUGUGGGUUUCCUCUGGUCGUAUUUGCCUCCUGGAACCAUCAACAUCGACGCUUACGAGCGGGCCAUCACCGGCCGGCAAGAGAAACGGUUCAAGCUCGUCAAGAACCUCCCUUCAUACAGCUGGAACCACAACACGCGCUUCUGGCACGAGUCUCGAGUCUCUAAGAAGCUGCGGACGAGACCUGAGAAUGUCCACCCACUGCUCGGCCACGCAGCACCGCACAGCAGCCCUCACGACAUGAGCUGGAAUCACCGCAUCCGAGUCUCUGAGCUGGAUUGGCUGGAGGGACAUCGUGUCCAGGACCAAAUCAUUCUUCCAGCUGCAGGCUAUGUGUGCACAGCCAUUGAAGCAGCCCGCCAGGCCGCUGGUGAAGCAUCGAUCCGACUCAUCGAUGUAUAUGACUUCGUCAUCCACCAGGCUGUCGCUUUCGAUCAAGAGGAUGACGCACGCGGUGGCAUCGAAAUCCUCGUCAGUCUCUCCGAUAUUGAGCGAACCAAAGAUCACAUCCGAGCAAGAUUCGUCUACUCGAUUGCUCGACCGCAGCGCGACGACAACCUCCAACUGGCCGCGAGCGCCACUGUCGACGUUCUGCUUGGAGAGCCGGACAAGGCCCUGCUCCCUGCGAAGAAAAACCCCUUGUCUCACGCCAUCGAGGUUGAUCCCGAACCUUUCUAUUCCGCGCUGCUGGACCUUGGAUAUGGCUUCUCAGGCCGUUUCCAGUCGCUAUCAGAACUGCGCAGGAAGAACCGUCGCUCGGGCUGCCAAAUGCGUCGGGAGCGUCAAGAGGACGAGGCCGGCCUACUGAUCCAUCCUAUUGAGCUCGACGCCGCGCUGCAGUCAGUCAUGCUGGCACACAGCUACCCAUACGAUCAGGAGCUGACUAUCAUGCAUCUGCCCACCACAAUUAGACAUGUUAGACUCAACCCGGCCUGCUGGGGAGCUGAUGGCGGUAACGUGUUCCCCAUUGAAUCACAACUCACCAAGGCCAACGCAUCGGGAAUCACUGGCCAGAGUGCGAUCUACAGCGCCUCAACCCCUUCUCAUGCUGCCGUUCAGCUUCAAGAUGCGACAUUCCUUCCUCUCGGUGCUGCUCGUAUUGAGGAACGCAAAGUCUUCUCCAAGGUAGACUGGAUCCCCUCCCUUCCCGAUGGUAUCGCAGCCGCCACCCUAGCCACCGAGUCCGACUCGCGUUUCAUCAGGCUCCUCGAGCGUAUCUCCAUCUACUACCUCAGGCAGUUCGACCGCGAUGUCAGUGCCGAUUCCCCCAAGCGCCGUGAGGCUCCGGAGAGUUGGUACUUGAACUUUGCGAAGCACGUCGUCAGCGUCGUCGACGCUGGACAGCACAAAUGGGCCGAGGACAGCUGGAAGAAUGACACCCGAGCCGACCUCGACGCCGCGGCCAAAGAGGCAGGGCUUGAGGACACGCCUGAUGUGCAAAUCAUGCACCUCGUGGGAACGCAGAUGCCGCGCGUGUUUGCCGGAGAGACAACAAUGAUCGAGCAGUUCCGUGCCGAUGGCUCCGAUAUCCUGGACCGCUACUACGCCGGCGGUUUCGGUUUCCGUGAGACAGCCGAUUGGGUUGGCCAGGCAGUCAAGCAGCUUGUCGAUCGCUACCCUCACUUGAAUAUGCUCGAGAUCGGAGCAGGUACAGGUUCGGCCACGAAGGCAGUGUUUGGCAGGAUCAACAAGUCCUUCAAGUCGUACACUUACACCGAUCUGUCGCCAUCCUUCUUCGAAAGGGCCGGAAACACCUUCAGCACCCAGAAGGACCGCAUGAUCUUCAAGACGCUCGACAUUGGACGUGAUCCCGCCGCUCAAGGCUUCGCCACAGGCACUUACGACCUCGUCGUCGCUUACCUCGUCCUUCACGCCACGCCUGAUCUCGAGGUCUGCAUUGCCAACGCACGCAAACUCCUCCGUCCUGGUGGUUUCCUGGUCGUGGGUGAGGGUCUGGACGCAUGGGAUGGUAUUGCCAGUGGUGGCUUCAUCUUUGGCCCCUUGGACGGAUGGUGGCUCGGCGCCGGUACGCAUGAGAACCGCACUCUGUCGCCGCACGUCACGGCCGCUGAGUGGGAUCGCAUUCUGCGCAAGACGGGCUUCUCUGGCAUUGACGCACGCACACCCGUCGAAUUCGAGGGCAUCUUCAGUAAGGUCGGCUUUGUCGCGCAGGCUGUCGACGACACAGUCCGCUUCCUCCGACAGCCCAUCGAGGCCCCUCGACAGCAAGAUGUCGUGGACAAGUUGGUUCUCGUCGGUGGUAAGACUCCACGCACUGAGAAGCUCAUCAAAGGCCUCAGCGACAUUUUCACCUCGCGCAAGCUCGCACGCCAAGUGCACCACUUUACCUCCUUGCAAACCGUUGAUCACAGCAUCGCAGAUGCUUCUUCCACGGUUCUCAGUCUAAGUGAGCUCGAUAUGCCCGUCUUCGAGGACAUCACCCUUCGCAACGACACCGAGGCUUUCGAGGGAGUGCGGCGCAUGUUCGGCGCGGGCAAGACGCUCCUUUGGGUCACAAACGGAAGAGUUGAAUCAACCCCCUUUUCGAACAUGACAGUCGGCUUCGGGCGUGUGGCGGAGAACGAGACGCCUGACCUGUUCUUGCAGCAGCUAGACGUAAUUGAUCCCGACAGCGUCCAGCCUGAGGUCCUAGCCGAGGCGCUGUUGCGUUUGCAUCACUUUGCAGCUGAGAAGAACAGUGGCAGAGACACUGGCGGCACCGUUUGGAGCUCCGAGCCCGAGGUCAUCAUCGAGCAGAAUGGCCGUCAGCUUCUCGCGAGAAUCAGGCCCAUUUCCGAGGUCAAUGACAGAUACAUGUCAGCGCGUCGGACUAUUACACGCCCAAGAGAUCUUAGCAAGCAGUCUACGGCUGUUGUGCUGGAGUCCACGGCUUCUGCUGGUCAGGAGACUGGGCCUACUGUUGCCCUUCGGGAGUUCCCAGGCCAGAACCCCUUCAUCGAGAGCCUCAGCGACGCAGGAACAGCCGUUUCAGAAACCUCCAUCGAGCUACAGACCGUCCUUUCCACGUCGUCUGCUAUCCGAUGCGGUGCGCUGGGCUACAUGUUCGUGGUGCUCGGAGCACAAGCCGAUGGGAAGCGAUACCUCGUUCUCAGCAGCUCUCUCGCUCCUCGUCUGAGAGUGCCUGUCUCGUCGGCAGCGGCUGUUCCUGACAAUGGAGAUGAUCACACUACGCUGGCAGCUCUCUCGGCGCAUCUGAUUGCCACGGAAAUUCUCCGCCCCCUGACGGGACUCAAGGCAGUUCUGGUCGCUCACAACCCGCCACCUCUUGUGUCAGUAGCACUUCGCAUCCAGUCCGAGAUUCAGGGCAUACAGGUCGUGUUCACAACGGAUUCUGCUGACGGUGACAAUUCUUGGAUCCGCUUGCCUCCAUUUGCAACACAAUCUGAUAUGGGCGAAUUGCUGCAGCAACUCCCUGCCAUUCCGUCUGCCUUUGUUGGCUUCUCCAGCCAAGAUGGCCUUGACGGCGAGGCGACCUUGGUCAGCGCCCUGCAGAGCCAGAACCGCUCCCUAGUAAUUUUGAGCACUGAUGCUCUGAGCUCGAGUGUUGGCACAGCGAACCGGGCUGUCUCUCCUGCUGCCCUGGGAACUCUGCUGAGCAAGGCACUCGCCGAUGUAAAGGCCUCAGCUCAGACUGGCUACCCUGCCCCGAUUACCGAGCGUCUUGAAGACCUCGUCGAGGGAACCGCUCGUCUUCAGGAAGACCUACUGGGUUGUCGGUAUGUCCCGUGCCUUGGGUCUCGCUCUCGCCGACUGGAUGAUCGAUGCGGGUGUCAAGACACUGGUCAUGACAAGUCGAACGCCCGAUAUCUCUGCAGACUGGCUGGCGAUGCAUGA